AUGCAUACAAGGAACCACACCAACCACUUCCACUCCCACCACCUCCGCCAGAAUAACCUUUUACCACCUUUAAACCAAAAAUCCACAACACCAAACAUCCAAACACCAGCAACCUCCCAAGACCAGCAGAAAUGCACACGCCCCCAAACCGCCACCCACAACUUCAGCGCCUCCCCUUCCGUGCCUCCACCACCGUGCCGGCCGCCCUGCUUCUUGUGCCGCAGAACCCCGCCCGCCCCAGCAGAGCCUGCCACUACCCUGGACAAGACAAUCCUUCAUGGGUAUUAUGGCUACAUUCAUCACUGAGAAAUGGGAAUACUGUGAAGCUCUAAUUGGAUUUGAGUAUCUCGAUGGAGCCUUCUGCAUCUGUUGGUUGACUUUGAAGCGCAAGUCAUCCAGCAAAGUUUCUUCAGAGUAAUCAAGCUCUGUCGUGAGCCCUUGGAACUCAGCCCAGAACACUGCAAAGGUGUUGUUUCUCUGAUACAGCUUUCGAUACUCAGUUUGAGCUGUGUGCCUUCGAUCGGGAUCACUGAAGACCUUUUCCAAAAGUUCGAGAAUUUCUUCUGCUGUCUGCAAUUUGUUUGUAGAGUUUGGUCGAUGCCUUGGAUUGAUAUGUCGAACUGCCAGUCCUCCCAGUCGACUCUGAAUAUAGCUCAUUUGUAAAGUCUGUGUUGGAAAAUGAUCAAUGUUGGCUUCGAGCUUGAGGCGAAUUUUCACAACCCAGUCUUCAAAUUCUGGCUCUAUCCCAUCUGUGAGGAUUGGAGGGUCUGGAACCGAGCUGACAGUCGACUGUGAGAGUGGUGUCCUGGUUCAUUCUUCAGAGCUUGUUGGGUUUGCUUUUCAAGAUAUUUCUGAAUUGUUUGUUGCUCUGUGAUUGGUUGCUCGUUGUCAUACUGACAUUCGUUGCACUCAGUUUGCUAUCAAACUCAAGAGCAAACUUAGAAAUCUCCUGCUCAAACCUCAAGUCACUAUACAUAUUUUGGCUUGUCACACCAACAACAAGAG